UGCGCAGAACUUUGUUUGGCUCUGAAGAUUUCUGUGUCCAGAGUUCUUAGCCUAGGGAUUCAGGAGUUAUGUCCAUGCUCAGUCGUUGGUCUGUCGUCUGGAGAGCAGUAGGAGCUGCGUCUUGUAGGAGAGUAGCCGUCCAGAGGCCAGUAACAGCAACGCCUUGGAGACGGUUCUCUAGCAGUAAAGAGGUCACCAACAUAGAUGCAGAUGAUUUUGACCAGAGAUGGGUUGACUAUUUUAGCAACAAGGAAAUUGAUGACUGGGAGCUGAGACAGGGCCUAAACAAGCUCUACGGUAUGGAUCUUGUCCCUGAACCAAAGAUAGUCGUAGCCAUGAUAGAGGCAGCCCGUCGCCUUAACGAUAUUGCCAUGGCGAUCCGUAUAUUAGAGGCAGUGAAGGAGAAGGCUGCUGGAAAUAAGGAGAUAUAUUCUUACAUUAUAAAAGAGAUAAAACCGACUCUUGACGAACUGGGACUAAACACACCAGAGGAACUAGGACUAGCUUAACUUUGACUAACUCAUAACUAUAGUAGGUUUUAGUGGACUCAAGAUAAUAUUUACUGUAUCGUACACGUAGCUUUAUUGUUAUUAUUAUUAUCAUUAUUAUUAUUACUAUGCUGUACAGAAAACGAAGUCACAUUUUGUGAGCAUGCCUAUUUCAGACAUUGAAUUUAAAGCAGUUAGCAGUUCUUUUUCACUUUAAA